UUUGCAGGUAUGGUAUUUAAAAGGGCAAGCAAUGGAGUCUGCUCCACCCCUAAAUUUGUCCACCACAGUCAAAGUGGUGGAACUAAAGGCCAUAGUGCCAGAACUAGAAACCCAAGAUUACACAGUGGAAGGUGAAUUGGUAGAGGAGAUAAGUGGCAGUGUUGAAGAUGAAGGGCACUCUCUGGCCAUGGCCUCAGGGAUGGAGGACCAUGAGGAGAUGGGCCAUAUUGAAGAGACCAAGGAGAAUCUGCUCAACGACUCCAAGGAAGUAACGACGAAGGAAGAGCCACCCGUCAUUGAGAAGGAAUACAAGUGCUCAGAAUGUUCGUUUACUUUCUCACGGGCCAGUCAGCUACGUGCCCACGAAAGAACUCACUAUGAAGAGCAGGCAUAUGAAUGUGAUCAAUGUGAUGAAGUCUUUGUACGCAUUGGCCUAUUAAUGAGUCAUCGUAGGGGACAUCACCGUCAAAAUUUAUCUUGCACAGAGUGCGAUGCAAAAUUCAAUAACUAUAAUAGUUAUAGGGUUCAUUUACGAAGCCACAAAGGAGAGAGGCCUCAUAAAUGUUUAGAUUGUAAUAUGUCUUUUGUGCAGCAAUGCCAUUUGCAUAUUCACCGGAGAGUACACACAGGGGAGAAACCAUUUAUGUGUGAGAUUUGUAACCAAGGAUUUAAGCAAAUGUCACACUUGACAACACAUAAGAGGAUCCACACUCAAGAUAAGCCUUAUGUAUGCACACUAUGCAAUGCCUCUUUCUCUCAGACCAGUAGUUUAAAACGGCACAAAAGACGACACACGGGAGAGAAGCCUUUUAAGUGCGACAUAUGCGGUGCCCUCUUUGUUGAGAGAAGGAAUCUUAUAAGACAUCAGUUAACACACUCUGGGGAAAAACCAUACAAAUGUGAAUUAUGCCCAGCAUCUUUUACACAGAUGAUUGAUUUGAAGCGUCAUCAGAUGUCACAUUCAGGUCUGAAGCCGUUUAAAUGCGAUAUAUGUGAAGCAGCAUUUAGUCGCAAGAACAACCUCCAAUGGCACAAACUGACCCAUGAAGGAGAUACCCCAUACAGAUGCGAGAAAUGCAAUGCUGGUUUUAGUCUCCAAAGGGACAUGAAGGCUCACAUGAGAACACAUACUGGAUCCAAACCAUUUAGUUGUGAUAAGUGCGAGUCAACUUUCUCUCAGUUUAGUACACUUAAACGCCACAGACAAAGCCACACAGGAGAAAGACAUUUUGUGUGCUCAAAGUGUAAUGGAGCUUUUAAGGACAAGAGUGCUUUGAAAAGACAUCAGCUUAGACACGAAGGAGUGAGACCUUUUGCUUGUCAGAAAUGUGACUCCACUUUUAUGGAGUACCGGAAUCUGAAAAGACACAAAGUCACAGUUCAUGGUGAAGAGCGAUUUGAAGGUGGGGAUAGUAUGAUGGAGCCCAAAGAAAGUGAGAACAUUCAAAACAUUCCACCUCUCAAGAAAAGGAUUGGAAAGCAUGACAGUGAAGAAACACUGAAUGAAAUGUAUAAUUCAAACUAUGCAUCAGCUUCUGUUGUACAGCCACAAGAAACAGGUCAUCAGCAACAGCAGCAUGUCAAUCAAGUUGUCUCGUUGCCACCAUUGACACCUCUUCCACAAAGUCAGCCUCAGGUACAUACAACAACUACCUUACCUUCUCACACACAAACUCCUAUGGUUAAUGAGAUUGUCACUAUUCCUGCCCAAGCUCCAGGGCAAAUGCCAACGCUGAUGCUCACUCAGCAUGGCCAACCCCCUCGACCAGGGAGACCAGCUAACAACUGUCAGAAUUAUCAGUCGCAUGUACUGACAUACGUGGAAGGGAGUUUUGGUCAGUGGCAUUCAUGGUGCUUUUGUGAGACUCCAAACAUUCCUAAUGGCCCUCAGAAUAUCAUUGACGGCACAACAACAACUGUAGCGACUCACCCUCCUGCUUCUACUGCUUUAUCUGCAGCACCAUUACCCCAGCAUCAGCAAGUAACAUACACAGAACUCCAGCAACCACAAACACAACAAAACCAAGAUACUGUAGGUGUUCAAGAGGUGACACAAACAGAUUAUCAUCAAACUCCACAGUAUCACACUAACUAUCCGCAACCAAUCCAUCAUUAUGAAGAAAGCCAUCACCCAGACCCACUAGACCAAAUAAGCCAUCAUCAACAACACCAUCAACCAUCUCAUCACCAGCAGCUUCAUCAAUCACAUUCUCACCAGGAGGAUGGUAAGAUAAGUUCUGAAUCUCAGGUAUUUGCAAUACCAGGCAUUCAGCAAGAGCAGCAAGAACAACAGCAGCAGCAACAACAGCAACAACAACAACAACAACUACCUUACCUUCUCACACACAAACUCCUAUGGUUAAUGAGAUUGUCACUAUUCCUGCCCAAGCUCCAGGAAUAUCAAUUGGACGGCACAACAACAACUGUAGCGACUCACCUCCUGCUUCUACUGCUUUAUUCUGCCAGCACCAUUACCCCAGGCAUCAGCAAAAAGCCAUCACCAGACCAACAGCAGCAACAACAGCAACAACAACAACAACAACAACAACAGCAGCAGCAGCAGCAGCAACAACAACAACAACAACAACAGCAGCAACAACAGCAACAGCAACACCCACAGCCGCAUCAGCAACAGCAGCAGCAACAACCACAACAACAAGACCAGCAGCAGCAAGAAUCCCAACAUCACCAAGAACAUCAACAACAGCAGCAUCACCAACAUCACCACCACCACCAAGAGCCACAACAACUGCAGCCACAACCGGAUCAACAUCAAGACUUAUCAGAACCUCAGGCUGAUCCUCAAGUGACUUUCCAGUACAGUUUAACAGUGAAUAAUCCAGCUACUGGGGAUAUCCAGAUCCAAAGUGAAGCAUUUCCGGCCAAUCCUCCUGACACGCCCCCUAUCAAGAAGAGGCGUCUUGCUAAAACCCACCAGGAGCCUCAUGAAGCUCGGAUAUAUACUUGCACUUCUUGCCCAAAACAAUUUACUAGAAUAAAUCACUUGAUUAUUCACCAGAGAAGGCAUACUGGAGAAAAACCAUACCAGUGUGGUGUGUGUCUACAGGCAUUUACACACAAAAAUAGUCUUACAAUUCAUAUGAGAGGUCAUACUGGGGAGAGACCAUAUAAAUGUGCAACUUGUGGGUCAUCAUUCACCCAGAAGAGCAAUUUGCGUGUACAUAAUCGAACACAUACUGGUGAAAAACCAUACCAGUGUGGUGUGUGUCUACAGGCAUUUACACACAAAAAUAGUCUUACAAUUCAUAUGAGAGGUCAUACUGGGGAGAGACCAUAUAAAUGUGCAACGCAGCACAGCAGCAGCAGCAGCAGCAGCAAGCAGCAGCAGCAGCAGCAGCAGCAGCAGCAGCAGCAGCAGCAGCAGCAGCAGCAGCAGCAGCAGCAGCAGCAGCAGCAGCAGCAGCAGCAGCAGCAGCAGCAGCAGCAGCAGCAGCAGCAGCAGCAGCAGCAGCAGCAGCAGCAGCAGCAGCAGCAGCAGCAGCAGCAGCAGCAGCAGCAGCAGCAGCAGCAGCAGCAGCAGCAGCAGCAGCAGCAGCAGCAGCAGCAGCAGCAGCAGCAGCAGCAGCAGCAGCAGCAGCAGCACAGCCAACAAGACCAGCAGCAGCAAGAAUCCCAACAUCACCAAGAACAUCAACAACAGCAGCAUCACCAACAUCACCACCACCACCAAGAGCCACAACAACUGCAGCCACAACCGGAUCAACAUCAAGACUUAUCAGAACCUCAGGCUGAUCCUCAAGUGACUUUCCAGUACAGUUUAACAGUGAAUAAUCCAGCUACUGGGGAUAUCCAGAUCCAAAGUGAAGCAUUUCCGGCCAAUCCUCCUGACACGCCCCCUAUCAAGAAGAGGCGUCUUGCUAAAACCCACCAGGAGCCUCAUGAAGCUCGGAUAUAUACUUGCACUUCUUGCCCAAAACAAUUUACUAGAAUAAAUCACUUGAUUAUUCACCAGAGAAGGCAUACUGGAGAAAAACCAUACCAGUGUGGUGUGUGUCUACAGGCAUUUACACACAAAAAUAGUCUUACAAUUCAUAUGAGAGGUCAUACUGGGGAGAGACCAUAUAAAUGUGCAACUUGUGGGUCAUCAUUCACCCAGAAGAGCAAUUUGCGUGUACAUAAUCGAACACAUACUGGUGAAAAACCAUUCAAAUGUGACAUGUGCGAUGUUUCAUUCAGUCAGGGUAGUCAUUUGACGGCUCACAAACGAAUUCAUAAUAAUGAACGGCCAUACGCAUGUGACAGCUGCCAACAAAUGUUUACACAGCGUAGUGCUCUGAAACGGCACAUAAUGACACAUACAGGUGACAAACCACACAAAUGUGAUGAGUGUAGUGCCAAAUUUUCACAGAAAGAUGAUUUAAGAAGACACUUAAAGGUUCAUACUGGAGAAAAGCCAAUCAUGUGCUCAUACAAGCAUUGUAAUAUGAGUUUCACGGAUAGAACGGGUCUGACAAGACACAUAAAAUCUGUACAUUGUGAAAAACCAAAGUUACCAGGAGAUGGAAAGAAAAAGAAAAGAAAGAAAUCAGGAUCAAAAUCAUCCCCAUGCCCAAGUAAUAGUCCAAAAUCUGUGAAAGGAGGAAAGGUUAAGGCCUCAACUGUGGAACCAACUAGGACAAGUAGACGUCUGCGAGAAGCAGCAGAAAAGAAAAAGGUGAAACCAGAGCAUCCUGAUUUUAUUAUGGGUGAUUUUAUAGAUGUGGAUGAAGCAAUUAGUGAAGCAAAACCAGCAGCUCAGCAGAAAUCACCAAAGAAGAUAGCUGAUAAGUCUCAGGAAACUAAACAAACUGAAAAGGCAAGAAUGGAGUCUUGGUGCUUUUGUGAGGUACCUCAUGGCCCAGAUGAACCUCAUAAUCAUGCUGGAGUUGAAACUAAAACUAUGAAUGAUUUAACUGCCAAUAUUGUUAAUAAUGAUAAAGGAUGUACAUCGAAGAUAAAUGAGAGUGAUACUAACACAGAUCUAGUUGCAAGUGCUCAUGCCACUGGUGCAACUUCCCUACUUCAAUUGUCAAUGGAACAUGUAGCUCAUGGUUCAAUUCCUCCUAGUACUAUUAGUGAGGGCCUGCAAGAAGCCACUGGUGCUGUGACCAUUGAUGCUUCAUCUUUAGUAGUUCCUCAGAUGGAAGGAGGACCACAAAAUGUAGUUGGGUCCACCAGUCAACCAGGAGUUGCUUCAGUCACCCAAGCGUCUUCAUCAGUUGGGCAGAGUGUAAUGGGUGGCCAUGUAGUUACUGCCAUAAGCCAGCAAGGUGCCCAAGGAAGUGGGCGAUUAGUCAGUCAGCCAAUGAUUAGUGGGCAAGUUGUCACUGCUGGGCAACUGGUUGGUACUAGUCAGUUGAUGACACCAGAGGGUACAAUCUACAUUGAGGCCAGUGAAAUGUUAAGCAAUGGAGCAGUUGUGAUAAACCCUGGCCAAGGCACCUAUAUCAGCUAUGAUCAGAUUACAAUCGGAGCAGAUGGUCAGGUUCUAAGUGUCCCAGUAGGUGGCUCCACAGGAGAAACACUAAUGAUCCAACCUGCUGCAGGCUCGGAUGUCACUUCAGGCACAGGCACUAUUACCUAUACAACAACACAGCUAACAGAGCCUAAUGCUGCCCAACCUAUCCAGUACACAACUCUAAGUAAUGAUGUUAUUAAUCUCUUGUCACAUGUGGACUCAAGCAAAGAAAGUACCAGUUCAGAUCUGACAACAGAAAAGGCAGUAACAGUUGUUGCCAAACCCCUAGAUUGCUCGGUAUGUGCUAAGUCCUUUGCACAAAAGCGUACCUUAUGGUCUCAUAUGUUGGAAGCUCAUCAGGAUUUACAUUGUUGUUCAGAAUGUUGUGCAGCAUUUACCUCGCCUGACUAUCUUAAUCAGCAUAAGGUCCAACACCAGAAACUGCAUGUGUGUUCAAGAUGUGGAAUGGCAUUCACAAACAAAUCAUCACUAAACAGACAUAGACAGCAGAUGCAUACAGGAGCUGCUGCUGCAGUAGAGGAUAAAGUGUUUGGUUGUGGAUCAUGUGAUGCCAGGUUCCACCAACAAUGUGACUUGAGAAGACAUGUGCUAGGACACACUGGUGAAAAGCCUUACAGAUGUGAACACUGUGAUACUGGAUUCACCAGAACAUCAAGCCUUAAUAAACAUAUGAGAAUCCAUACUGGAGAGAAGCCUUAUACAUGUGAAGUGUGUGACCAGUCCUUCUCUUAUAGGUAUCAGUUUAACAGACAUAAGAUCACCCACAGACAGGAUGACCAAAGAAGUAACUUUUCUGUUUCAUAUGAAUUUCAGGAGUAAUUUAUUGUAUGUGAAAUAAUGUGCAUCAGCAAGAAUUAGCUCAGUUAAUUGUUGAAUUGCUGAUACUUAUAGGUAACCAAAGGAGUAAGAGUAUUAUGGGGAUUUAAAUAUACCAAACAGUAAUUAGGAUUAAUGAAAAUUACAUGAGUGGGAAUCCCUUAUAUUCAUUCAGAAUUAGGAAGAUCAUGUCCCUGACCAGUCAUGCAUCCAGUCUGAAAAUGCAUCUUUCAGAUAUGCCAUUUAUCAGUAGAGGUACCACUGGUACUGUGGCCCACCAUAGGGUAGAGAGAACUAUCAUUACCAUCAUAUUAUUUUAUUCAUCUUUUCAUUUUAUCACUUUGUGCAAUUUGUAUGACACUUUCUUUUGCCUGGAUUUUUGUUCAUUUUAGGAAGUAACUAUUGUGUGCCCAUUUCAAAUUCAGAUUGUGUAGCCAUACUGAGAAGUAGAUGCAAGCAAUUUAUGUUUCAUAGAGAUUAUUUUUAGUGUAUUUUGUUUACUGUAUUACCAAUAUUUUAUUGAUCUAUUCUCUUGUAUAUUAUAAUUUGUAAUGAAAAUUGUAUAUUGUACAAACUAUUAACUGUAAAUGUAAAAUGUUAAUAUAGUGAAGAGUAUUAACCAAAUGUAAGGUUACUUAGUAACCAUUGAGAGUAGGCUGUAUUUAAAGAUGGUUUUCCUUUUUAUAAAGACAUCACUAGAUAGUGUAUGGAUAAUCUUUGUGCAUAAACAAAUUAAAAUGAAAGUCAG